AUGUGGUCAUUUACGAGAUUACAAGCUCUGAUACCAUGGGCAGGAGUGAUUCUUGUUCAAGUUUUAGCUGCAACAAAUUCCUUAAUUACUAAAGCAGCAUUGAACAAAGGAAUGCAAUUUGCGGUUUUUGCUCUUUAUAGAAAUAUAAUAGCUUCUGCAUUCUUAAUCCCUUUGCUAUAUUUUAGAAGGCCUGUAAUAGACCAAAAUAUCCUUUAUGCUGGUUCAAAGAUGACACCGGCUAGUUUCUCAACAUGUCUUUCUGGGGUCACUCCAUCACUCAUAUUUCUUCUAGCAUGGAGUUUGGGCAUGGAACAAGUGAACUUCAAAGAGAGGCGUAGCCAGGCAAAGUUAUUAGGAACCGUGAUUGCAGCUGGUGGUGCUAUUCUCAUUUGCCUUUACAAUGGACCAGCCAUUGCUGUCUCUUCCAAAUCUCAAACAUCAACUACCCAUGAAGGAUUUACAGAGAAUUGGAUUGAAGGUCCCGUGUUUGUCAUCAUCGCGAAUGUCUCAUAUGUUGUUUAUUGCGUUACCAUGGGUAGUGUUCUUGUGGAGUAUCCGUCUCCUCUGACAAUAAUAUCGAUAAUAUCGUUCUUAGGAGCAAUUAUGAAUGUUGGAGUUGCUUUAGGGUUGGAGCUCAAGCAUCCCGCUUCUUGGAUGAUCGGGUGGAAUGUCAUCUUUUUGGCAUAUGUCUACACUGGAAUAAUUGUUUCAGGAGUGAUGGCAUACAUUAUAAGUGCAUUGACACAAAUGAAAGGCCCGGUUUUUGUGGCAGCCUUUAGCCCAACAUCAAUGGUUCUUGUCAUGGUUAUUGGUUUCCUCGCACUAGGAGAAAGCAUUCAUGUUGGAAGUUUAAUAGGUACAUUCUUCAUUGUUGCGGGUUUGUUCACUCUACUUUGGGGGAAAAGUGGAACUCAACCGCCGCAAUCUGAAGAGGAACCGCGGCGUGAAGAGCAAGAAAUGGAAAGU